AUGAGCUCGGGUUCAUCCACUGCUGGGUCUCAGGCCCAUUCCUCCGAUAUGCAGGAGUCGGCUUUCCUCAAGCGCAGCCGCGCCAUUCAUCUCGGCCGGCUCAGCCUAGCUUCUGUGAUUUUUACCAUUGCUGUCGCAACUAUCGCAUGCGAGGCAGUGCCUUUCCAACAUUACACAUCUACGGCCAAAUGGGCAAGUGCCGGUCUCGCCCUUUGGCCCCUCAAUUUCGAUCUUCGCCCUAUGAUCGCGGCCAUGUCGUGUGGCUGUGUUAUCGCGGUCCUCAACUUGAUCUACGUCGUCACGGCUCUGCUUCCUUCCCCCCACUCGCGGAUCCAGAUCCUGAAUACCUGUGCGUCCACAUCCGCUAUCGCUGGAUUUAUCACAGCCCUGAUCGGUCUGCUCUUCACUAUCUACCUUCCGUCCUCAACUUACCCAGUUGGCUUCACCGAGAACGAAACCCUGCACAGCUGGACCUGCAAGUGGAAGAACAAUACCAGCAGCACUACGAUUCCGGUCCACUUUACAAGGGACUGCCACAAUUCCCGGGCUGGAUUUGCCCUUCUCUGUGUCCUGUUGGGACUGGAGAUUGUCAUGGGAGUCGGUGCUGCCCUGGGCUCCUAUUUCCAGAAAGAUGUCUCGCGUCGUCGCGAGCAGGAGUUCCAGCUUGAGAAGUUGGAAAUUGCUACCAAGCAGGUUCAUCAGAACUAG